UGUUCACAAUCCAGCACGGAAUGACGUGAACAUACUUUGUUUUCCCUCACUUUCUCUGCAAUUUUCUUUAGCGAGAAAAUACAGAACCCAAGACACGCCACUCCCCCCGAACUGUUCCCAAAGUAUGAAGCAGUCCGAGGGUAUGCAAAACUCUCUCCCAGACGAUAUUGCCCUCAAAAUCGCCUCUUCCCUUCAGGGAUGGAGGGGCUUUUACAUUAACAAGCACAAUGAGAUGGCUAGCAGAGCAACUGUUCUGGUGGAUUUUUUAAAACAACAUUCGUCCACUGAAUCCAUUGAGGUUGGACAAUACCUGGCAGCAAUUGACGAGCUGUGCUCAAUUCAGUGUGGAUUUAAAGAUGUGCAGCUGUUCUUUUUCAAACCAAAGCUCAAUGUGCUGCUUAAUUUGGUUGGACUGCACUACUGCAUUAGUUGUCUUGGCAUUCCGGCUGAGUAUAUUGUGGAAGUACUUAAUAAAUGCAAAAUUUCAGAAAGGGAAGUGUGCGUUCGGUGGUGGAAGCUUGGCAGGUGGUUUUACGGUUUCUGCCUGCGGGACGAGUCUCAUUCUCGCACGUUCUCCUUGGGCAGUCUUGCCAUGGCCAAAGAGGACGAAGUUCUUGGAGUGCUUCACCGAGGUGCCAUUCAUGAGGUGCUUCGUGUGCAGAUUUCUGUUGCUAAACCUAUAUGUACUUCUUGGUCUUUCCAAUCCUCACCGACUCAAAAUUAGGGAAAGUUUCCACUGUGCAAUGCUGCACAUAUUUCACCCAAGUUAUAGUUUAGCAAUGUUUGUAUAUAUAUAUUUGAAGAGGGAAUUGGUUUUCAAAGUGAGAAUUGAACCUUAACCCCUCUAGGCUUGUGUGUAUUGAUGCCUAUAUGUAUGUGUGUACAUAGUCCAUUUGUAGAUUCUCACUCACUUUGAUUGAUGUUCUAUUUAUUGGUGGAAGCCUUGGUUCUUUUGGUAUUA